AAGAACGACUACAUUAGUCCACAACACAACCUUCAUUAGGUCUAGAUCUACUUACACAAUAUCAUAGUGAUAUGCCAUUAUUACAGAUAGGCAAUUAUUAUACACCUUUUAUUUUUUGUCACUGGUUUUAAUUUCUUCUUUGCCUAUUUAUGUGCGUCGUCACAAAAGUGAAAGUUAACUUCGACGGGUGUGCUGUUGUCUAGAGGAUUAAAGGCUGAAAACGAAGGGGGGGAGAACAGGAGGAGCAGCAUGGAGGAAGCUACGGGUCCUCCUCAGGAGGAAGUGAUCUCUCAGUUAAACAGAUCAGGAGAAGUGCUUUGUGACAUUUGUUCAGAAAUGGACAAGAAGAUGACAGCUGUGGAAACCUGCCUCACCUGCAGCAGCUCCUACUGUGAGAAGCACGUCAGGAGACACCACACUGACGCAAAGCUUCUGACACACACUCUGGUGAAGGCCUCUUCGCCGUCUCCUCCUGCCAAUCCCGUUGUGAGAUGCACUGGUGCAACAUCUGUCAAACUUUCCUGGGACUGGCCGACUGGCCAACAAAACAGCAAGCACAGUUUCAAGGUGACAUGGAACAGUUGGUCUAGUGUUACAAGAGACAACAGAGCAGAUAUCACUGGUCUCAGUCCUGAGACUGAGUACAGCUUCAGCAUCUGCACCACUGAUGAGACAGGGCUGGACAGUGACCCUGUCACUGCAAACAUACGCACAAAAUGCAUCUUGAACUCAUAUCUGAAGACACUGGGACUGGAACAGUCUCAUGGAAAGGAAUUAACACUAAAUAAAAUGCUUGCUAUCAAUGCCCAAAUGAUUUAUACAAAAUGUGUUUCAACUCCUAAAUCACAAUUGGGUUUUUUUCUUAGAGAAUUGAUGAAAGCUAAUGUGUCAGCACGAGAUAAGUUAAGUAAUCUGUCUGAUGAGAAAGAUCUGGUGAAUCCACUAGACCUCAUAACUGCUCUGUUCUGGUGCUCAGAUCAUUUCCUGCAGCAGGAGAUUGCCCUUAAAAUGUCAUUGUGUCAGUUUGCUGUUCCUCUGCUUCUGCCCAACUGUGAGACAAAACCGAUCACCUUGAUGUUGUGGGCCAUGAGGGACAUAGUGAAGAGGUACAAAACUCAUUCAAUGGACCAAAACGAGUUUGUUGAGGACAGCAUUGUGCUUGCUAACCUUCCCAUGGUGUCUUUUGUCAGACUUGGGUACAGCAGCUUGUCAAAAUCUGAGCUACUAAAUAAUGUGUUAAGCAAAUCUCAGCAGAACAAUUGUUCCUUUGUUCACCGAAACAUGGCAGGAGGCAACAGUCCAAGACAGAUCUCAGACGGGUUAGUAGAAAUAACCUGGUACUUUCCCUGUGGAAACCCAAACACUGAUGUGUUCUCAGAACCUGUGGCUGUGGCUAAUCUUCGUGGAGAUAUCCAGGACUUUCCAACCCAGUUUGAGUUCCUCUGUAAAACAUCAGCUGCAGUGUUUGUGUUCUGUGAUGGUUUCAGCUUAGACAGUCAUGUGUUGAACUCCAAGCACCUGACAGAUCGACAGUUCUUUGUUGUCAGUAACACUGAAGCAAAGAGCUAUGAUGCAGCUGCAUUUGAACUUCUGCAGCUAAAACCAUCUGCACACAUUAAGAAAGACGGUAAAAUGAACAAUGUCCAGCUUGUUCAGAAGCUCCACUCUGUUGUCACAGAAGUUGUGAUGGCAAACCCAGUCAAGUUCUCUGUGGAAAAGAUGGCAAAAGAGACAAAGAAGUUGAAUAUAUAUGUGGACGAAGAUUUUGAACUCUGUCAGGCUGGAAAGGAGAACGCAUGUUCAAUCACUGACCACAUUUCUGACAUAUCAGGCUUCAAGAUUAAAAAUCUUCCACUGCAUGGACAGAUAUUACAAGACUUAGUCAAGAUUGAGAGAGAGCAAAGUAAGUUGAAAAAUGCAGGUACAACUGAUUUUGAACGCUACAAAGAUGAACUCAUGCUGAAAAAAGAAGAACUAAGGAAAAAGCAAGUCAGCCACGCUACGACAGACAUCAUGCCCAAAUUCAUUCAUGCUUUGAAGGAAUCAAGAGUGUGCACCUUUUUCCUCAAGUGGAUGAAGAUCAACCUGGAUAAUCUUUCAAGAGCAUGCCUAUCCAAUCUGAAAGAGAAGUACAAAAGUCUUUGUGGAAGCUCUCCUGUUGACCAGAAAGCACUUUCUGCCUUGGAAAACACAAUUUAUUUAAGCUCCCUGGGGACAGAACACUUCCUGAGAGAGUUGGGACAGCUGUACGAGUCAGCUCAGUCACUGCCAGAGGAUCAUCCCACUCUCCAACAAUAUAAACAUCUGCCAAGAAUCUGUGCACAGGUGAUGUUGGAUGGCUUUCCAUUGGAGCUGAUAGAUGGAGAUGCAUCGUACAUCCCAAUGAAGUGGAUAUCAGAUGUGUUGAGAGAACUUCACAGCUUGACCUUCAGUAACAGCAAGGUCAAAGUGAUCACAGUGUUGGGGGUUCAGAGUUCAGGGAAGUCCACUCUCCUGAACACCAUGUUUGGGAUCCAGUUUGCCGUCAGUGGUGGAAGAUGCACUCGAGGAGCCUUCAUGCAGCUGAUCAGAGUGGAGGAGGAUCUGAAGGAGCAGCUGGGCUGUGACUUCAUCAUGGUCAUCGACACAGAGGGGCUGAAAGCUCCACAGCUGGCACAACUGGUCAACAGUUAUGAACAUGACAACGAACUGGCCACUCUGGUUGUAGGCCUCAGUGACAUCACAAUCAUCAACAUUGCUAUGGAGAACGCUACAGAGAUGAAAGACACCAUGCAGAUUGUGGUCCAUGCUUUUCUCAGGAUGAAGGAAGUGGGGAAGAAGCACAUGUGUCAGUUCGUACAUCAAAACGUCCCAGAUUGUUCUGCACAUGCUAAAAAUGCCAAUGACAGAAAGCUCCUCCUGCAGCAACUGAAUGAGAUGACCGAGGUGGCUGCCAAAAUGGAAAGGAAAGAGCACAAUAAGGGGUUCACUGACAUCAUGGAUUAUGAUCCUGAGAAGCACAGCUGCUACCUCCCAGGUCUGUGGUUUGGUAAUCCACCCAUGGCUCCUGUCAACGCAGGCUACAGUGACGCUGUGAGUGAGCUGAAGGAAAGCAUUAUUCAGAGGUUGAUUGAUCUGAAAACCCCUGUUGUCUCAAUCCUACAGUUCUGUGAAUGGACAGAAAAUGUGUGGAAUGCAGUGAAGCAUGAGAACUUUAUCUUCAGCUUCCGUAACAGUCUUGAGGCUGAUGCCUACAACAACAUCUCAGUGGAGUUCAACAGGUUCGAUUGGACCUUCCGAAAUAACAUCCAAGUUUGGGUGCGUGAAGCGGAGACGGAGAUAUCAAACUGUGCUCCUUCUGGCCUGGACACUUUGAACAAGAGGCUUAAAAAUGACGGUACAGUGAAAUUACAGGCAGAGUUGAGUCAAAUGCAGAAGAUGCUGGAUGAUUAUUACAAGAAAGCUGGUAAAGAUGUUCACUUCAUUGAAAGACACAAACAGAGCUUUGUUAACAGCACCAAAGCACUUCAUGAUGACAUUGAAAACUCAGUGAUUCACAAACUUCAACUGGCUGUUAACAGCAAGCGAAGCAUGGCUAAAAUAGAAGAUCUCAAAAAAAGCCAUUCUUCCUUCAUCGAGCAGCAGGUGCUGAAACUGCUUAAGGAGUGCAAGAGCAAAGGAAUUCAAAUGAAUUCUGAAGAACUGGACUCAGCAUUUAAAGAAACAUGGAAAAAAACUGUUGAUUCACUGGACAUCUGUAAACUUGAAACACAAGACAUUGAGUCAGACAUACGAAUAACUUUGACCAAAAACAUAAAGAAUAAAGCAGGUGCAUUUCAAAUCCUUAAAGUUAUCAAACGCUUAGAUGACCAAUCCUCUGAAAUUGAAGUUGCACCUGGAAAAUCGGCAUGGAACUGGUUAACAAAACAUUUUAAAAAGCAAGACAAAAAUCAGUAUGAGCAAUUGGCAUCCAGCAUAAUUGGAGAAUGUAAAAAAUCAAUUGCAAAUCGAGUGGAAUCAGGCUCAGAUUACAACAAUAUGGAUGCAUUAGAUGUUCUCAAAGUGUGUGACACGAUUCUUGAUAAGAACGAGAACAUAGAUGUAGAGUUUGAAGCUAAACUAAAGAUCAACAUUUGUGCACAUGCAUCACGGGAAUAUCAGAAAAUGCACAAAGCUUUCAUUGAAGACAAAGAUCCUCAGAGGUCGCUGGACGAAUUGAAACCCAAGUUCCUCGAUGCCUUCAAGGAUCUGUUCUUUGAGAGAGAUCAAUGUGAGAAAAAGGCAGAGGAAUUUACCAAAGUCUGCUUAGAGCCUGCAGUGGUAGAUUAUGUCAAUGCCUCUUUGGGUCCAGACAUUGUGAAAACAAUGGUGCAUAGAGAAAUACAAGGAAAUGAAGACCUUGAUUUAAGGACCCGUACCUUUUUUGAGUUUUCCUUACUAAAACUGCUACUCUUAAAGGAUGAUUUUGAAUAUUUUGUGAGUUAUACAGGUGAUUUUACGUAUCAGCAGUUUGUUAAAACCUCAAUUGUUGAAAACAUUUUGAUUUUUUUCUCUAAAAAUAAAUCGUUCAUCAAUUGCUUAUUAAAAGAAGAACUGAAAUGUAUCACUGACAAAAUAGAGCAGGUGAUCAAGACGGUUGGUUCUGAACCUCCAUUUAAAGAUGGAGAAACAAUUUCAACCAUAUCUGCUUGCUCUUUCAUCGACUGCAUCUGCAGCAAACUGAACAAGGAUCUGAGCUUUCCCCAAGAUAGGCUCGACGUAGUCGUACUUUUGAACAACGCCAAGGGGCCGCUAUUUCUAGAUCACCUUAAAACUUGUGUCGAAAACUUGAAGAAAUCCCUUGAAAAAGAGUUUAACAAAGACAUGGAUGUGAAGGCCAAGCUGAAGCAGCUUCCCAUUAAGCCCCAGGAUGUGAUCUUUGACGACAUCAUUGGUUGUGGAAAAUUGUGUCCGUUCUGCAAAGCACCUUGUGAAGCAGCACAGCCCGGUCACAAGGAGCAUUUUGUUACCAUCCACAGACCAGAGGGGAUAGGAAAAUAUAUGUGGGAUAAAUCAAAACAACUUGUGACUGACAUAUGUACCUCCUUAGUGACCAGUAAGGUGAUGUUUAGGUGCAAAGAUACAAAAGAUGAGUGGCAUCCAUACAAAAACUAUCGGUCAAUAUACCCAGACUGGCGUAUUCAACCAGACUCCAGCGUUGAAGAUUCUGACUACUGGAAAUACGUAUUUGCAAAGUACAACCAACAGUUUGCAGAUAAGUAUGAAGCCAAACCUGCUGACAUACCUCCUGGCUGGAAGAGAAUCACCCUGGAGCAGGCCAUGGAGAGCUUGAAGAAGACUUACAGACAAAAAUAGCCAAGUGUCAAAGUCACCUCAGUGAUGUGGGACAAAAGUAGGAACAAGAUAAAGAGUCACUCAAUCCAUCCGUGGAUGAGAGAGAAUUAGAUGCUGAUGACACAUCUGAAUCAGAAUGUAGUUGUGAUUUUUUUUUAAAAUGUUUUACAUGAUUUCCUGCCAAGUACCACAUAUGGAGAAUUACCUGAAAAGGUCAUAUACUUUACAUAUGGACAAUCCUUCGUGCAAUUUUUUUUUGUUCCUAGUUUCGGUUUCCUGACAGUAUACAAUAGUAAGUUUUCAAUUAUAGAAUGCCAAGAAAAUGGCAUUUCAUACAGUUCCUGGAACUGAAAAUGGAUGUUUAACACAGAACAAUACAUUAAAUGCAGGCUUUUUGUUUAGUAAUGUAUAGGCUUGGCUUUGACACAGAGCCAGAUGGUGUGGAACCAGAGUGAUGACUCAUCAGAACGAUACUUAAGUCAUGAGCAUCAGAGUCACCUAAGUCAUCUGCUGUUUAAGGAGUGAAACAGAUUAAGGUUUGAUGACACAGUCCUCAUCACAUGACAAGAAUGCACACAUUUAUGGAACAUACAGCAUUAACUCAGGACACAUUACUAAAAGAGUUGAACCCUCAGUCUAUUUUCUGUGAACGUUUGUUCACUUAUUGUUUUCCUAGGCAUUCCCUAGGACAAUAGGCAGUAGAUGUUGUAAAAUGUAUUUUACCAUGUGACACGUCACACAUUAUUCUGCUUUCUCUACUGUUUCACAUUGUUAAUAUGGACAUUGAUGAUGGUGACUUCACCACAUCACGUACUGUUUUCAUUUGCUUUGGAAUUAUUCUGAUCUACAUAUUGAUGUGGAAAUAUAAUUUUCUUCUGUUGUUAUUACAGUUGUAGCUCAUAUUGACUAAACAUUUUGUUUUGAUAACUUUCCAAUGAGUUUUGGUACACCAUUUGUAGCUGUAUGUAUGAGGUGUAGGCACUGGCUAUUAGCUGGACUCAGGAAACUCUAUUUUACUGUACAUUAGAUGACUUCAGUUUAUUCCUUCUUGUUUGAUGUGCAAGAGCCUGUUCAAAUACUAUAUACACUUACAAUUUGUAUUUCCAUAAUGUCCAUGUUAAGUUUCUUUCUGUGUUCAUCUUCUAUACUCAUUACAGUUUAUUGUUGCUUUUAAUUAAAUUACCAUAUUUGUAGAAGAUCUGUGUCCUAUUGGAAUAAAUGUUUAGUUUAAUAGUUAAUUUCUCUUUUCUUUCUCAAUGUUUUUUUCUUGUUGAUACAUAGGAUACAUAUAAGUGGUGAACGUUUUUUUGUAUAUAGUCCUACAGUAGGCCUAUAUUUAAAAAAUUCAUUGUAACAAUAACUACUCUAUAUCUUUCUUUGCAAAUAUAACCAGUUUAAACAAAGCAUGUGUGAAGUUAAUUUUCCCGCAAUAAAACUGUCAACACA